AUGGCUUCUAAAACCCCAGUUCCUCACAAACCCAGCAACACAAAGCUACCACCUCUUAGGGCAAAGAAAGAUCGACACACGAAGGUGAAUGGCAGAGAAAGACGUGUUCUUUUGCCACCUUUGUGUGCUGCUCGAAUCUUCCAACUCACUCGUGAGUUAGGUUACAAGACUCACGGAGAAACCAUAGGGUGGCUUCUGCGCCAGGCGGAACCCUCCAUUAUUUCUGCCACUGGCACUGGUAUAUCACCUUCCAUCGUUGAUUUAACAUCAUCGUUGUCAUCACCGUCUUCAUCGUCACCACCGAUAUCUCAGGACAACAACAACAACGUUGUUGGUCAGCAUGCAAGUUCGGUGCAUGUGUCGAUAGACAAUGAGAUCAAUUCCAAAGAGACGUUUCUGCCAUUGGAUUUUGAUGUGUUUUCAAACUUUAAUGUGGAGUUUUCUGCUGCUGAGAUCGAAAUGCUCCAAUCAUUGAUGACGAGGUUGGGCUGA